GUAGCGUCUCACAACUCCAGACACUCUCCUGCCAAAACCGUAGCCGCCGUCUCUCUCUCGUUUCUUCAAAGAUGCCGCCAAAGUUCGAUCCGUCACAAGUCGUCGACGUCUAUGUCCGUGUCACCGGAGGUGAGGUCGGUGCGGCGAGUUCGCUCGCUCCCAAGAUUGGACCACUAGGUCUUUCUCCGAAGAAGAUCGGAGAAGACAUCGCCAAGGAAACGGCUAAGGACUGGAAGGGUCUCAGAGUUACCGUCAAGCUUACCGUGCAGAAUCGUCAGGCUAAGGUGUCAGUUGUGCCUUCCGCCGCCGCUCUGGUUAUCAAAGCUCUCAAGGAACCGGAGCGUGACCGUAAGAAGGUGAAAAACAUCAAGCACAGCGGCAACAUUUCUCUCGAUGAUGUUAUUGAAAUCGCUAAGGUUAUGCGUCCUAGGUCAAUGGCUAAGGAGUUGCAAGGAACUGUGAAGGAGAUUCUCGGAACUUGUGUUUCCGUUGGUUGUACGGUUGACGGAAAAGAUCCGAAGGAUUUGCAGGAGGAAAUAGCUGAUGGAUCAGUUGAGAUUCCUCAGGAUUGAUUGAGUCUCUUAUCGUAUUCAAGUGAGAACAUUUGUUAGUUUUCUAAUUUCUGUUGUCGUCUGUUAUUUUGAUAAUUUGAGAAUUUUUGUCAAGUUUUACUUCUAUCACAUCACCAAUUUCAUUAGUGAAUUUGGAGACAUAUUGCCAAAAUUUUCAAAUUUUGUUCUGGAAUCACAUACUGUUUCCUCUUUAUUUAA